GUGUGUAACAGGAGCUGGUCAGCCCCAGGGUCAGAGCUACCAUGGGGAUGCCCAGCAGCUCUCAGCCCUGAAGCCAAGAGGGGUUGUUGCUAUGGGAAUCAAGAGGGUACUCGCAGACAGCAGCUGGAGCCCGUGUCUUUCCCUGUUCAAGGCAGCUGGAUUUGGAGAGAAGCAAAACUAAAAGGAGGUGACAGAGAGAGACAGAGGCACAGCAAAAUUCAUGCAUGUUAGAGGAGGGACCUUCCCAGAAUGAGAGUACAGUGGGAUACAGAAGAGCGGGGACACCAAACUGUCAGGCAGCCGUGGCUCGGCUUGGUAGGAUAAACCUAAUUUUCUCCUGUUUGUCGCUGGAAAAAAGUCCAGUGAAAACCCAACUGUAACAAGAUGGGAUCUGCCUCCUCAACUUACCGGUCCAAGUGUAUUUAUUUGGAUAUUGAUGGAAGAAUUCAAAAGGUGAUCUUUAGUAAAUACUGCAAUUCCAAAGAUAUUAUGGAUCUCUUCUGCAUUGCAACAGGGUUACCAAGGAAUACAACAAUCUCCCUUUUGACAGCAGACAACUGCAUGGUAUCCAUUGAUCCAACAAUGCCUGCAAACUCGGAGAGGUCUCCAUACAAAGUGAUUCCUGUUGCCACUGGGCAGCUCUCAGAGAAAGAAGAAUUGUUCCAGAAUUUAUUGGGACAGAUUGCUGAGCAGUUCUCGAGGGUUUUUAAAAUCAAUGAGCUGAAAACGGAAGUAGCUAAUCACUUGGCAAUGCUGGAGAAAAAGGUUGAAUUGGAAGGCCUGAAAGUAGUGGAGAUCGAGAAAUGCAAGAGCGACAUUAAAAAAAUGAGGGAGGAAAUGGCAGCUAGAAGCAGCAGGACGAAUUGUCCCUGCAAGUACAGCUUUUUGGAUGAAAACAAGAGACCGACUCCCCGGCGGGAUGUACCAUCCUAUCCAAAGUACAUGCUGUCCCAGGAGACCAUUGAAGCACUUCGGAAGCCAACCUUUGAUGUAUGGCUGUGGGAGCCCAAUGAGAUGCUGAGUUGCUUGGAACACAUGUACCAUGAUCUUGGAUUGGUAAAAGACUUCAAUAUCAAUCCUAUUACGUUAAAGAGGUGGUUGCUGUGUAUUCAUGACAAUUACAGAAACAACCCCUUCCAUAAUUUCCGGCACUGCUUCUGUGUGACCCAGAUGAUGUACAGCAUGAUCUCACUCUGCAGCCUCCAGGAGAAAUUUUCCCAAAUUGACAUCUUGAUUCUCAUGACUGCAGCAGUGUGCCAUGACCUGGACCAUCCAGGCUACAACAAUACCUAUCAGAUAAACGCACGAACUGAGCUUGCGGUACGCUACAAUGACAUCUCCCCACUGGAGAACCACCACUGUGCUGUGGCUUUCCAGAUCAUUUCCCAGCCAGAAUACAACAUUUUCUCCAACGUUAACCAGGACCAAUUCAAACAGAUAAGACAGGGGAUAAUUACAUUAAUCCUGGCUACAGACAUGGCGAGACAUGCAGAAAUACUGGACUCUUUCAAGGAAAAAAUGGAAAAUUUUGAUUACUCAAAUGAAGAACACAUGACCUGUCUGAAGAUGGUACUGAUAAAAUGCUGUGAUAUCUCCAAUGAAGUCCGCCCGAUGGAAGUAGCAGAGCCCUGGGUAGAUUGCCUACUAGAGGAAUACUUUAUGCAGAGUGAUCGAGAAAAAUCUGAGGGGCUUCCAGUGGCACCAUUCAUGGACCGUGACAAAGUGACCAAGCCGACAGCACAGAUUGGCUUUCUGAAGUUUGUUCUCAUCCCCAUGUUUGAAACAGUAACAAAGCUAUUCCCAGAAGUGGAGGAGGUAAUGCUCCAGCCCCUUUGGGAAUCGAGGGACCACUAUGAGGAAUUAAAACAGAUAGAUGAUGCUAUGAAAGAGUUGCAGAAAAAGAAAAGUGACAGUUUGACCACUGGAAGUACUGAAAAGUGAGAUGAAAAAGUCUGAACAAGACACAAGCCCUGAGGUUAUUCUGGUUUUGAGAAGUGCUGUGUUUGCCAAACACGGUGGCUACAUCAAAAUCCAACUGGGACCAUGUACACAGAGUGAUGGCAGGCACAGAUGCCUCACAGACCUGUCUGCCUGCCUGGGCGCCUUGUCUACAGCCUGCAGCCUGCUCACACUGGCACUGCCAGCAUCAGCACCAAGGAUUCCCCAUGCUCCGGCAUGUCCUCUGCUGCACACAUUGCACGGGUUUCAGCACAGCUCAAAUCUUCAGCAGAUUUGCCUUUCUGGUGACCACAUUGCCUGCAGCGUGUAGAGACAAAGCAGUUUAGCUAAGGAGCCUUUUCUGGAAAACAACCCACUGGCACCCAAAACCAAACGAAAUAGUUGGUUUAGUCAAGAUACAACAUAUAUGUGUACAGCAGUAUGCUAAUUACAGCAUAGCUUAACAGAUGCUUAUAUUCUGACAAGGGUCCUGGCAUAGAUUUUUGUUUGCCUAUUAGGCCCUAAUGACACAUUUCUCUGUAUUACUCUCUGAAUUUUAUAGUGUUCACAGUACAUUCAGAAGCCCAGCAUAGUGGAUGCAUAUUUUUUUUCUACACUAGAAGAAGUCAGAAGAAACCUCAGUGAGUUUGCAGGUUCUUUCUGUGGCCUAGUACUACUAGACAUCAUGGGAUCCUUCAGCAUGAGCAAAGGGAGUACGAAGCUGAAACCACUGUGCAAGCAAAUUUUUAUCCUUGUGGAUGCAAAAAGCACCAACAAGAAAAACCUUCAAAGAUGUACAGAUUUUUUUUUUUUUUUUACUUUUAAACUGAUCUGCUAAAUAAUAUAUUCUUCUACAGAAA